AUUGAACUAAUUCAAUCUCCAGCUAAUUUGUGCAGCUCAACUGCUUUGUAGACGGGGAGCAAUCCGCAGUUGCUAUGACUACAUGUAACUAAGGAGAUUUGUUGACAUUGGCAACCGGACGUUCUUGGCAGCUGUCCCCACGUAACCUAGUUACCAAACAUUUUGCCUUUUUAUAGAAAGUAUUUACUUUUCAUUGAGACACGCUUUAUACAUGCAAUGGACUCCAAUACCUUAUACUACUCCUUGGACCUCGUUUCUGGUAGCGGUUUAACUUUGAGCAGUGAGCAAAAAGCUGCCCUGCAGACUUCCCUGGUCAUUCUGAAGAGGAACAACAAAUUCAAUCGUGUCCUGUUUUGGGGCAAGAUUCUGGGCAUAAAGGGUGACUAUUUCAUUGCACAAGGGGUUUCAGAAGAUGAGAUGACGGAUAAAAAUAGCCUUUACAGUUUCAACUGUGUGGACUGGCACUUGCUUCCCCCUGCCACUGAGGCAAUGCUAGCGGAAGUGUCUGCUGCAGCAAAGGGUCGCUUCGUGGGAGACCCCUCACAUGAGUAUGAGCACACCGAGAUACGGCGGCAAGGGGAGGGGGACGAGGCUGUGGAGGAGGAAGUCGUGAUUAAGGUGAAAGAGGAGAAGAGGCUGGCCUCCACUGUCCACACCAUUGAUAAGGAGGUGUCUGUGGUCCCACGCGGUGCCUUCAUCAAGAGUCCCCAUGGCCUGGUGCAGACCAACCGCAGCUUUGAGGGUCUGUCCUCAUUGGAGGCGGGUAAACUCAGCUACUUCCUGCACUUCACUGAGCCGCAGAAACUGAAGAAGAAAUCCAUCCUGGAGAUGGCUGACCUCAACCGCUCCAUCGACUUCCUGGAUCCUUUGAGUGAGGAUAUCCCCAAAGGGUCGUGGAGCUUGCAGUUUGAACGUGGCAGCACAGUGUGUGUGAUCCGUAGCAUGCUGUGGCUGGGCCUGACCGCGUUCCACGUACCCAUGACCCCCCAGCACGGAUACAUCUACAUGGGCGACGGACUGAAGAACCUGGACCUGCCCUUCAUGCUUUAAAGAGCCAGUGAGAUCCAGAGCUGGAGCCAACACCUACCACUUAUCUAAACUGAGAAUCAUCAUAAACCUCUCAUCUGAGCAAGCAGUGUUUUAUCCCCACCCAAAACAGUUCUAUUUAUGCAAGAGAUGUUUCUUUACUGUUAUUUAAAGUAAAUAAACAAACUAAAAUCAUUAA